AUGGGCUUUGCUAUCCGUCUUGCGGUCUGGCUGCUGCCGCUGAGAGUUGCGCUGACCGAUACCGGUACGACGGAAUGCUCGUUCGCAGAGACGGCUGGAAAGGCAGUGCUCAUCCCGAGCGCGUAUGCCCUGAAGCACUGCAACCACAAAGUUUGGUCCACGGUCUUUGAGAGGACGCUGGAGGUCGCGAAGCAGCCUCUUGAAAAAACUUUGGAGUUUCGCAAGAUCCGCACAGGUCGAUUCAUGUUUCCGUCUAGCCCGAAGGGGCCCCACUUGCUGCUUUGGCACAUAAACUUGUACAGCAACGACACUGCCAGCAAGGAGUUGAAUGAGCACUUCUUCACGCCUUUCCCGGACAUGCUCGCGAGGUUCUCGAAGUGUGACUUGAAGAUCUUUGAGCCGGUGGUUCUGUUCAGAGCUUUUGCUCCACGUUAUUUUCAGUAUGGGCAUGUGAUGGCUGAUCUGCUUCCUCUUGUUGUCUGGAUCUAUAACCAUUUCGAGUCGAACGAUACGAAAAUCGUCGUGGAGCAGGAUACUGACGGGAGAAUCGAAAGCUUCAUGGAGUGGUUCGAUGCCAAAUUGCAUGAGAGGAUGAUAUAUGUGCCCACCGACACUGUCGUCUGCGCAGAGAGCGACCUCGUGGUGCUGGACCCAGCUCCUCGAAACCAUCGGCCCGAGAGCUUGAGGAUCGCAGAGGUUCAUAGAAACCUCCGGGCUCAGGUGGCGCUACGCGCGAAGUCCCGGUCGCUCGACAAGGUCAUUGCCUACCAGCGGCUUCCCGGAGACACAAGGACUGGAAGGCUUAUUGCAAAGGAUCAGUUCGGACGCUUACUAGACUUGACUGCCGAAGCCUUGCGCGCGCUGCAGCGACCUGCCGACGACAUCGUGGUCUUCAACGGAAGAGUGGCAGGAACUUCGCAGAGCUUGGGCUUCGAAGAGCAGUACCGACUUUUCAGUUCGGCUUUCUUGGCUUUCGGUCCUCACGGCUCUGGCAUGUCCAACAUCCUCUGGAUGCAGAACGCGGACUGUCAAGCCCGGCCUGCCGUGAUCGAGUUCAUGUGUUCAACGGAUGCACGCAGCGUGAGAGGAUGCUAUGUUAUGGAAGGGCUCAGGAAGCUGACCCGAAUCCAAUCCUGGUGGCGGCUCUUUGCUGGAGCGCCCUGGGUGCGAUAUUUCAUGGUGUGGAUGCUUCACCACGACGACCAUGUGAGUGAAGUGGCAUCGGUGGAUGAAGCAGGUUUUAACAUCAGCCUGCAUGCAGCGCUGAAGGGUGCAGGCCCGCAAAUGCGGCGCCUGCAGAAUUUUUUGGUGUGA